UCACACUCGUCGUGCUGCAUGCUUUUCGUGAGGAGAGUUUUACACACAGUUAGCUAGAGUGCCACACACCUGAAACUCACCAACACAAGAGAAGUUUAUUAUUAAAUCUACACAAGAUGGGGAGAAAAAAAGAUUUGAAUGAUCUUGGGAAGCGUGGACCAGGCAGAAAAUCUAGAAAACAAGGAGAACCCGGAAUGCCAGAACAGCUCACAAUAAUUGAAGAUAAAGCUGAUAAAACGAGACUUGGUCGGAGAGCUAGACAGAGAGCUGUCCGUAGGGUUGGUGGAAAGCAACAGCAGCAACAGAAUACAGAACAAAAACCUCAACAAAAUAGAGAUCUAAAGAAGAAAGAAAAGCAGAAAACCAAAGCAGAGACAAAAGCACCUGUUAUCAAGAAACCAGUGACAGAGUUAGACAGUGACGGCGAGGGCAGUAGUGUUGGAUGGAGUGAUGAUGCAGAAUGGAGCGAUGAUGGAGGAUGGUUGGACGAUGAGGCAGAAGAAGGAGAAGAAGAGAAAGAUUCAGAAGAAGAGGAAGAAGACGAGGAAGAAGAUGGAGAGGAAGGAUCUGAUGAGGGAUCAGAUGAAGGAGAUAUUGAGUAUGAAUCUGAUGAUGAUGCUGAAGAGGUUUCUGAAAAUGAUGAGGAUGGGAGUUCAGAGGAGGAGCAGUUUGCCGACAGCGAUGAUGAGAAAGAAAUAACGUCCAAAGGAUUCACAGAUGAGAACAAGGAGUGGCUGACACCAACCCCAUCAAAGAAACCAAAGAAAGCAGAUAUGACAAAAAAGGGCAAAAUACCAAUGGAUCUGCUUGAGGAUGAUGAUGAAGACUCCGAUGAUGAUGUGCCUGGUGAUGAUUUUGGAGCAGGGUCCGACUCUGAUGAAGAAGAAGAUGAGAGUGAUGACGAGGAAGCCAGUGAAGAUGACGAGGAAGACGAUAGUGAAGAUGAUGGGGAUAUGCUUCCCAUUGAAAAAGCUUCGAAGAAGCUUGACAAAAAACUCAAGAAAGCAAAGAAGCUAAGUGAAGCAGAGUUGAGAGCCCAUACUGCACAGUUUGAUAUGUUUCAUCUGCCAACUACAGAAGAGCUGGAACUAGAAAGCAGUCGGCCUUUGGACAUGUCUCAGAUCCACCAAAGAAUAAAAGAAAUCAUGGAAGUUCUUGGGGAUUUCAAGACAAGACGAGAGGAUGACAGGUCUCGUGUGGAUUAUUUAUCUCUUUUGAAGCAGGAUAUGAUGUUGUACUACAGCUAUAAUGAGUUCCUACUGGAUAAAGUCAUGGAUAUCUUCCCAAUGACUGAGUUGGUUGAGUUUCUUGAAGCUAAUGAGGUGCAACGUCCAGUCACGAUAAGAACAAACACACUGAAGACGAGAAGAAGAGAUCUGGCACAGGCUUUAAUAAACAGGGGUGUGAACCUUGACCCCUUGGCUAAGUGGUCAAAGGUCGGACUGGUCGUCUUUGAUUCUUCAGUACCAAUUGGUGCAACCCCUGAGUAUUUAGCCGGCCAUUACAUGCUUCAAGGAGCCUCUAGUUUCCUUCCAGUCAUGGCCUUAGCUCCUCAAGAAAAUGAGAAGGUACUAGAUAUGUGUGCAGCGCCCGGUGGAAAAUCAACUUAUAUUGCCGCACUGAUGAAGAACACUGGACUGCUUUUUGCAAAUGAUGCAAACAAAGAUCGUGUUAAAGCUGUUGUUGGUAACUUACACAGAUGCGGUGUCACUAACUCAGUUGUGUCCAAUGAAGAUGGACGAUCAUUCCCAAAGAUCAUUGGUGGAUUUGAUCGUGUCUUAUUAGAUGCUCCAUGUAGUGGAACUGGUGUCAUCUCAAAGGAUGAAUCCGUUAAAGCUAAUAAGGAUUUCCAAGACAUCCAGAAGUGUGUCUUUCUCCAGAAGCAGUUGAUUUUAGCUGCUAUAGACUCCAUUGAUGCCAAGUCUUCAACUGGAGGCUAUUUGGUCUACUCAACAUGCUCAAUAUUAGUUGAGGAGAAUGAAUGUGUGAUAGACUACGCCUUAAAGAAACGUUGUGUCAAGUUGGUACCAACUGGUUUGGACUUUGGACGGGAGGGUUUCACGAGAUUUCGUGAGCGGCAUUUCCACCCUUCUUUGAAGUCCACUCGUCGUUUUUAUCCACACACUCACAACAUGGAUGGAUUCUUUGUGGCCAAACUGAAAAAAUACUCCAACAAAAUCCCAGACAAACAAGGCAAUGAUGUGAAGGAAGAAGAUGCUGAAAAAGAAGCAGGUAAAUCCACAGCUAACGGAGAGGAUAAGGAAGAGGAAGAGGCUGUUGAAAGCCCAGAGGAGGACAAGGAGUCUUCACCAGAGCAGCAAUCUAAAGUACAACACACUGCAGUCCAUAAGAAAAACAGGUUCUUUGCUCGCAAGAAACGGAAAGUAACAUCAGGGGGGUCAGCCGAAAACGCCAAACCUGAAGGGAAGGGAAAACCAAAACACAAGAAAGCUAAGGGAACAUCGAAAAUAGCGAAGUCGGACUCCGCUGGUAAAUCUACUGGAAAAUCACCAGCUGGAAAAGAUGGCAAAGCUGAAGCUUCAUUUGCCAAAAAGAAGAGGGGUAAAGUGUCUCAGACUUCCGUUCCAAAGCCAAAGAGUUUUGGUGAUAAAGUUAAAGGAGAGGCCAAGAAACGACGCGGUGAUACCUCAGGGUCAUCAGGAGGUGGGAAGAAGAGAAAAGACACUCGUUGAUUAUCCAUUGUAACUCAACCAGUAAUGUUUGAUGUUAAAGGCACUGGAGACUAUUGGUUGCGAGAGAAUAAUGGACGAAAAACACCCCUGUCGCACAAGUUUU